AUGGGUGAUGCUAGUGUAGUAGAGAAGAUCUAUGAUCUCGUGGUGAUUGGUGCUGGCUGGUAUGGACUUGGGUCAGCUAAAGCAUAUAUCCAGCUUCAUCCCAAUGAGAAGAUUCUGGUUUUGGAGGCAGAAAACAGUUGUGGAGGUACGUGGUCAAAGGAUAGACUGUACCCUGGGUUGAAGUCGAACAAUUUAUGGGGCUCGUACGAGUUCCCCGAUUUUCCCAUGGAGGAAAAGGUGUAUGGUGUCUCAGAGGGACAGCAUAUUCCAGCAGCCACGCUGCACCGCUAUCUGACCGACUUCGCGAAGAACUUCGGCAUCUUUGAACGAACGCUGUUCCAGACGAAAGUUGACUCGGUCGAGGCUACCGCUAACGAUGAGUGGGCCCUCAAUGUCACCUCGAAUACCAGUACAAUUCAGCGAAUCCAGACGAAGAAACUGAUAGUAGCCACUGGGUUGACUUCUCAGCCGAAUAUGCCCUCAUACCCAGGCGAAGAGUCCUUCGUUCCACCAUUUUUCCACGCUAAAGAGUUUUGCAACCGAGCAGAUACUGUCCAAACCUGUAAAAAAGCGACAGUUGUCGGAGCGGGAAAGUCUGCCUUUGACGUUGCAUACGCAUUUGCGACCGAAGGUGAUGCACAAGUUGAUUUGAUCAUUCGUCCUACAGGCCAAGGUCCAGUCUGGAUUUGCCCACCGUAUGUCACACCACUCAAAAGGAAGAUGGAAGAACUCCUCUCUACACGUGCAUUGACAUUUAUGAGUCCAUGCCCAUGGCAAGGCGAGGAUGGCUUUUCCAUGGCGCACAGCUUCCUCCAUCGAACUGGUGUCGGGAGAUUUAUCGUCAACAACUUCUGGAACCAAAUCAGUUCUGAGGUUGUCGAGACACAUGGUUAUAAUGAUGAUCCUGAAGUAUUCAAGUUGAAACCUUGGAAUAGCGCGAUGUGGACUGGGAGUGGUGUUGGCAUCCACAAUUACCAGACCAAUUUUUUUGACCUUGUCAAGGAGGGAAAAAUCAGGGUUCACCUCGCGGACAUCGUGAAGUUAGACCAAAAUACCAUCCACUUGAACAACGGGGAGGCCUUUGAGACCGAAGUUCUGAUAUGCGCCACUGGCUGGAAGAAGACAUCGGAGGGCUUGAAGUUCAAAAACUUCAGCAGCGGCUUGUCAUACACAACCUCCGACAUCAAACGCCUCAGCAAAGAGGCUGACAAGAAGGUCCACGAAAUGUUCCCAAUUCUCAAGGAUCAACCAGUGCUUCGUGGCCCUGUGAAAGCUGAGGAGCCGCUACGAAAUUAUCGGUUUAUAGUACCAUCUGGAGCAGUUUUCAAGAGAAAUAUCGCCUAUGCUGGCAUGGUUAGCACUGUCUGCACCUCCAUCUUUUCAACAGUGCAAGGUCUCUGGAUCUCUGCUUUCCUUGAUGGCAAGCUUCAACGCGCACCGAAGACAGAAGAUGAGGUUACGAAGGAGAUUAUGCUUCACACACAGUUCGAAAAAUGGAGAUACCCAUGUGGAUAUGGUGCAUCUCUGCCCGAUUUUGCGUUCGACUCCAUUCCCUAUGUCGAUCUACUUGUGAACGACUUGGGCCUAAAGAAUCACCGAAAGUCAUCUCCUAUCUUGGAAUUAUUGGAAGCAUAUAAACCGAAGGACUAUCUUGGGCUGGGUGAGGAAUGGGUUGAAGCUUAUGGAAACCAGUAG